AUGUCCUCAGGCCACAUCACUGACAUUAAUUCUUUCCUUGUUGGGGACAUUUUUGUCACACUUCUUCGAUCCAGUCAAACACUAUCAAUUGCUGUGCUCCGAUCGACAUCAAUAUUCCUCAAUAACGUAUCCCAUGCAUCAAUCAACGCAACCAUCAUGAAAUCUGCUCGAACAACAGCCAAAGUAAUCGGACAACUCCUCGCCAUCCUCCCAACGCACCCUUCCCCCGAGUCACUUCAACUUUCGUUCCUGUGGAACGGAGGUUAUGUCAAGGUGCGCUCUACUAUUCAAGGCACGACAGAUUCUACGGAACGGGUUGUCACUAUCAGCACGACCAGAUCAAUGAUCGAGCCGAUCAACCCAGAACCCACUUUCAUUUGGCUUCGCGAUGACAUCAAUGCUGACGACUUCACUGAGAUCAAAGGCGGACAGAGCACUUGGCAGGUGUCUGCUGAUACACUGCAAGCUGCUUGUGAUCUCCUUUGGGCCAAGGCUGUCGACAUGAAGUCGCCCCUCAACUCAUUCUCAUCCGUCUCUCCUUCUGACCCUAAGAACUUUCCUUAUCGAUUGGCCGACGGUACUCCGGCUGUUAUCUCCACCGAAGCAAGUGCUUUAUUAGCAGCUUCUGAAGGCGCACACAUCACUGUGUGUCCUCUCUGUGAAGCAAGUGUCUCUGACAUGUGCUGUCACGUUGGCAUGCACAUCUUGCGAGCUAUGACGAAUACACCCGAGAAUAUGAGUUUGAAGGAACCGGUCGGUGCUGUGCUUCCAUGCGGCUUCUGUGGUCAUUCUGGAAUGCCCCAAUGCGCAAUCACGAUCACGGUGCAAGGGGAUGCAGUGCCCGCCUGGGAAAUGAAGUGCAUCUACAAGCACAUUUUCAGGUAUGGGUCCGCUGUUAUAGGGUCGAAGAACACACCGUCUCGCAACGUCCCCGUCAAAUGUGAGUUAUGUCACCCAACACUGCCUGGAAGGACCUCACGGAAGGUGCAGGCAAUAUCCGUUGACGCGGUUUGGCGGUAUAAUUUGACCGAGCAUAUCCUGACUGAUCAUGAUGAGUAUGUCGUCCCUGGGCAUAGGGAGACCAGGGUCGCUUUACCGUCCGGAGUCUUAGCGACUAUGGCAUUUUUGGAGCUGGAGCAGAAGGCCACGCACGUUCCUAAGGAGCGCUGGCUGACAUCAUACGAUCACACAGAGAAGGAGAAUAUCCCAGCAUCUACAUCACGUCCUUCCAAACGCCCUGCCUUGAAUUCUGCCAACUCUAUGCCUAUCAAACGAGCUCAUACAUCUGUUCAAGUACUUCAUACCUCAAGCACACUGCCUGAGCUUCUCUGA